UUUUUAAUAUUCUUUUUCGGGUAGUAAGUAAUUGCUACAUCAGUACUUCACCAUUAUAUCUGUAUCUUUUUCAGUUUCUGCUUUAAUUCUAAACAUAAACUGUUCGAACUUUAUUUCUCUCUUCACUUCGCAUUUCCAUGUUUUUAAAUUUGCCCAUUUCUUCUCUCUACUAAAACAAGAGGAGAGUGUGUCUUCCUGUUGAAAAGUGUUCGACUUUUAGCAACUUUCAUUACCGUGAGUUGUUAUCUUUUACCUUUCUUGCUUUCAAACUACUUUCUUUGAAAGAGAGAUAGAAAGUGAGUUGAAAUUUUGGACUUCUUGCUGUGUUUUAAGAACUGGGCCUUUUUUUUUUUUUUUUGUUCAGUGGCAUUGACUUGAAACUUUUUGUUUUGAGUUUGUGUUAGGAGGGUUGGCUGUUUGGCUUUAGAAGAAGAUGCUUGGUGUUUAAGGUUUAUGAGUAAUGGGUUGGCGAAUUGUGGACCUGUUUCAGUUUUUCUUUUUUCUUUUUUUUAAUCUUCAAUAUGAAGCCUUUCUUCUUGUUUCUUGUGAAUUAUAGUUUGGUAAGCUGUAAAAACAGCUUGCAUUUUUGUCUUUUCUUUUAAGUUCCUAGAUUUUUUUUUAGAUUUCAACUCUUAAAAUCUCUUGUUCUCUUACUUCCUUAGUACUUGGUUUGUUCUGUUGCAUCUUUUUUUUUUUCUAAAAUAAUUUUUACUUAGUAAUUUUUUUAGUAGCUUUUUAAAGUUUCUCUGAAUCUAGUUGUUGCUUCAUUGGCUCUCUUCUUUCUUUACCUUUUUUUCUUUUGCAUAUCUAGAUUUCGAGAUCCUCCUAUCAUAUGUCACUUUGCAUGUGGUACUAAGGGACUUGUUGUGCUCCAUUUUUGAAAAGAGAAUGUGUCUUUUGGAGCUCUGUUUAGCUUAACACAUUUUUCAUUUUCAGAAUGUGAAUAAUUUUUAAGUGCCCAAAAGUGGUUUACUUAUUCCUUCUCAUGUAUUGUUGGAGAUUUUAAGACAUUUAUCCUGUAGAAAAAGGAUCAUUCUUUACUGUCAAAGACUGGUUACAGAGUUGCAUUGUCUUAAAUUCGUGCAUUUUUUGGUGGAGUUUGUCCUUGGAUUAAACUGUAGAGAAGAUAAAAAGAAGUCUAAAUAUUUCGGUUAAUUGAAAAUUGGGUUCAAAUUAGCUUAAGGUAGCCUCUUGAGUAUUGUAAAUGCAUGGAUCGAAGGGAUGCUAUGGCGAUGUCUGGCUCUGCUUCAUUCUACAUGCAAAGAGGGAUGACUGGGUCCGGCUCUGGAACACAGUCUGGUUUAAAUGUGUCAUCAGGAAUAAAUCCUUUAACUAGUACAAAUGUAUCAUUUCAAUCUAAUGUUGGGGCAAAUACCAUUGGAUCUACAUUACCAUUAGAAACUUCAACAGCAAUUCCACCUCAUGGUGUCAAUGUGGGUGCAUCAUCUUUGAUGCCACCACCUGGUGAGCCUGUGAAAAGGAAAAGAGGAAGGCCCCGGAAAUAUGGACCAGAUGGGACUGUAUCAUUGGCAUUAUCUCCCUCGUUGUCUACUCAUCCCGGUACAAUAACCCCAACACAGAAGAGGGGUAGAGGACGGCCACCUGGGACUGGGAGGAAGCAACAAUUAGCUUCCCUUGGUGAAUGGCUGUCUGGUUCGGCUGGGAUGGGUUUUACUCCGCAUAUCAUUACCAUUGCAGUAGGAGAAGACAUUGCAACAAAAAUAAUGUCCUUCUCACAGCAAGGACCAAGAGCUAUAUGCAUCUUGUCGGCAAAUGGUGCUGUCUCUACUGUGACUCUUCGUCAGCCAUCAACUUCUGGAGGCAGCGUCACAUAUGAGGGGCGCUUUGAGAUUUUAUGUUUAUCAGGCUCUUACUUGGUUACUAGUAAUGGUGGCUCCCGUAAUCGAACUGGUGGUUUAAGUGUCUCUCUUGCUAGUCCUGAUGGUCGUGUUAUUGGUGGGGGAGUAGGGGGUAUGCUUAUUGCUGCGAGCCCUGUUCAGGUGAUAGUAGGAAGUUUCUUAUGGGGUGGUUCAAAGGCAAAGAACAAGAAAGGGGAAGGUCCAGAAGGUGCCAGAGACUCGGACCAUCAGACAGUUGAAAAUCCAGUAACUCCGUCUAGUGUUCCACCAAGUCAGAAUCUUACUCCGACCUCUUCAAUUGGUCUAUGGCCUGGUUCGCAGUCCCUGGAUAUGCGCAACACGCAUGUUGACAUUGAUUUGAUGCGCGGGUGAUAAUUUCUAUUGAUUGUUUCAUGGACCAUGUAAAUAUUCAGCUGUUUCAGCACCCACUUGAAUCUCAUCUUCUGAAGUCCAGUGAUGAGGAUUGAAGUCAGCUGAUUCUGGGGGAAGACAUUUCUCACUUCAUUUAACCUUGACAGACAAUGGAUUGUACUCAUUUUGCAGCUUAAUGACAAUUAGUUCGAAAUUUUAGUGAUUGUGAAUUUAA